GGUAGAAAGGGACAGAAUGGUGCGAAACGCUUGUGGUUGAGACUUGAGAGGGAGAGGGAGAGACAAUAAAAUGAUUAAAAUCUGGUAGAAACAGAAAGAGAAGGUGAAAAGGAGAAUGGCGAUGGUGUCCAACUCUUCUUCCUCAUUUCGAAAGACUCAGAUGCCCCAAUCCCAAAUACUAUGCCGGAAGAAAGAGAAGGACAAAGGGGGCCAAAACCACCAGCCCUAUAAAGUCAUCGAAAUCACUCCUCCGCCCAAGAAUCUUGGCAUUCGCUGCUUCCCCUCUAACUUGCAGUGUGGAGAAAGCGUAACAAUUGAAGGGCGAGCUUACACGAUAUCCUCUGUAACUCAUCGCUACCAGCUCCGGAAAGGGAAGUAUGAACCUAGUGAGAAGAGGCUUGAUGUGUUAUCAACUGGAAGAUACAUCUUAAAUUUGUAUUUGGAAAAUUUGCUACAGCAAUCUUGAGUUACAUUUUAUUAGAAGACUAGUUUUAUACGCGCAUUGCGCGUAUGGGUUAAUGCCCAAUGUUUAUAUUUAAAUAAAUAUUUGAAAGUAUAUCAAUGCAAGAUUAUAUAUGAGAAAUUUAUACA